GACUGAUGGAAGAAAUUGAUGAAGUAAUUCUAAAUACAGCCUUACUUCUCCCUCUGACCUCCACCUCGAAAUUUUUCAAAUAAAGAAAAAUGAUGCUCGUCUCUCGAAGCGCCUACUGCCUGAGCUUUUUGGGCAUCUGUGCUUUUUUGCGGAUCGAAGGACGGAGCAAGACUAGCAAGCUGGAGGAAGAGCAUUCCAGACGAGGCCCGCACACGCAUACACGGCCAACAGCAAGACAUGGACGCCAUGCCGCUCCAUCACGUCGAGAGAGAAAGGACAGUGGACGACUCAGGGAUGAAGAGGAGGAAAAUGAUGGAAACGGCGAUGACAGUGAAGAUGAAGGGGGCGAUAAUGCUGCUGGCGAAGGAGGACUGGAAGGCGACGACGACAUCGGCGUUCCACCUAACAGGAAGGAAAAGCAGAGAUACGCGAAAGAUGCAGUUCGUGCAAAAGCAAGGCAUGCGCAUAGCGACUCUUCCACUCACUCGAAGGCACAACACCAUGCCCAUGAACAGCAAAAGCACAGGGACACAAACACAAACAAGCGGUCCUCGUCAACCAGAAGGAUGGCAUCGUCUGCAUCAGAAAUAGAUCAAAAGCACAAGGAUCCUAAGCAUGCAAAAAGAGGUUCUCAAGCGACAAAGGCAAGUCAUCAGGAAACGAUGGAAUCCCUGACAAAGUAUGUCGACAAGCUUCCGUCACGGGUCCACAAGGUAUCCGAUAGCCUAGCAGAAUUGGGUCAGAGAAAAGGGAACACGCCUGGCAGUCAAGUCAGUUAUGGUUCAUCCGCCUCAUAAUCCUAAUCUCUUCAGUAGUUGUCCUUACUAGACGCUCAUUCUAAUAAAUUAAUAUCGAUGGAUCGUUCAGCAUCCUUCAGACAAAACAAAAACAUUGUUCCAAAACCGAUUUCUUUCAUCGUAAAAGUUCUUGAUCUUCUAAACUAUCUCCGCACCCCACUCAGAAGCUUUAAAGCAGAUGUCGUCGCCGUGGGAAGUUUGUCGUAAGAGGACUCUAGACAGGUGCGAAUCAGAGGAGGAGCGAGAUUCACCAGGACUGAAAUGCCAGAAAGUGGAGAUCGAUGCGGAUGAUGAUCAUAGGUAUGGAUGGAUAUGAAUCUAGUUUACAGUGAGGAGACUAGCUGAAGAGCCACGAGUUUACUCGCCUUUCUCUCCAUUCGUGACUGAAUGAUAAAUAUGUCUGAGGAAAGACAGGAGCAACGACUCGGAAAUAUUAGGACUUCUAUCUCUUGUUCUAACGUCGAUCCUCCGCCGGAAAAAACAACGCGAAGCAAGGAACCGACGACAAAGAUGAAGAGGGUUUACCAACAUCCCGUACCUCGAUGCUGUGCACCCAUCAUAUCACACAGCCGAUGCUCUGUUAUCCAGCCGCAGAUGGGAGGUGUACGCCUGACCACUACUGCGAACCUGCUCUGGCUGAAGAUGGAGCUGCUGGGACAGGAGACUCAUCUGACGGAGAUGAUAGUAUUAAGGCUUGGAUAACUAUUCAAUCUAUCUUCGGAAGCUUCCUCAGAUGAAGACUUUCGAAGGGGAAAAGACACCCAGGAUGCAUCUCGAGAUGAAUUCGUGUGAGCUCUAAUAGUAGCACAACCGAGGAAGUACGAGGCUUAGAGCCAUGGAUCCGUAUGUACUCGGAACUCUACAAGGGAGCUGCAGAGGCGGAAGCUGAGGAAGAGGAGGACCCUCUGAUAAAAAUGGAAACUGUAAAGAUGACGGAGACUUCUGAGGCUUCGAACGGAGGAUCUGUUGAGAACGACGUAGAAGUAGAAGGUAGUACUCCGCAAGAUUCGGACGGUGGCGGUGGUGAGGAUUUCGACACAGAGAGCAGUAGCGCAGUAGCAGGAGAAGAAGGGGAGAAAAGAGACGAACAACAGAUUGAUGGGGGCAGUCGUACGGAAGCAGCAGCAACAUCGGAACAGGACGAAGCUGCAGGAGAUGGUGCAGCAUCGGACGACGAACUUGGGGGUGCACCAGAAGUGGCAUCGGAACAAAACCAAAGUACAGAAGGAGCAGGAGCAUCGGAUAGUGAAGCUCUACCUCCCCCUCAGGAUGCAGUUCCAGCAUCAUUUCUCCAGGAUUUUUCUUGGUCCAAAUCUGCCUCUCCGCUUUCUUCUUUCGCUGGUCUAGACAGGGAUCCUGAAGACACUAAAGUCGAAGAAACCUCUCCCGCCAUGAAGGCUACUAAGACCAAAAAGCUGAAGCCGAAGUGUCAGAUGAAACCCUGUGAACAGAUCACCUUCGCUUCCUACGCAGGUGACGAAAGAGCGAUAAGGGCGCACAAAGUGCGAGUUUGCUCGAACGCUUUUUCCACACUGAAAGAUGGGAAGGCAGUGCCUUAUGGCAAAUAUAACUAUCUACUUACUUUUGACAUUCAUGAUCUUUAUCUUUCUGCACACGCUGUGACUCAGUCAAGGAAUUUGAAUUCGAGAGUUUGGUCUCCAGAAACGCCAGCAUACAUUUCCUCUUCUGAUCUGCGUAGCUUUCUCCUAUCCACCCUCCUCGUUUUCAUUCUCCCCUGACCCAUCCUUGGGUUUGCGAGUACAGCAAGCGCGAUGACGCGUGUGCAUUGCGUGACCGCGUGCAGCAUCCCUAUCCGAAAGAGUACGUUGGUAUGCUGCUCGGUAGUUCGAAAAGUGGAGAGGAAGAUUCAGGGGAGCUAGAAGGGGAUGAGAUUAUGAUGAGGACCUUUAGAUGUAGAUAAGGCAACUAGCUGCAGUACCUGAUUCCGAUUCCGAACGUCGUCGAAGAUGUCUGCUCUUUUUCCUACAGAUGAAUCAGUAGGUUCUUAUGAUGUAGUUUAUCGUAUGAGCAUGAUGGGUGUUUGUAGAGAGAGAAAGCAUCAGAUCAAACUUCCUCUAACCGGCAGGACGACAAACAAGCGCAAUGGGAUACACCGGAGCAAGGGAUUGAGUAUGUCUUCGAAGAAAUAUCCUCGGUUUCGAAGAGACUGAGAACUGAAGUGGAGCGCGCACUGAAGGAGCUAGAAGCUGCAAGGGACGACGUAGAGGAGAAACUGGAUGUUAAGAUUUUGAUUGUUUGUCGUUAGCUGGAGAUUCAAUCCGUUUGCUUAUAGGUCUUCAAGAACUUUGCUUAUAGAUCUUCAAGAACUCAGUGUUAGUCCUGCUUGGUGUGUCAUUCAUCUUGCUCUAGUGUUAGUCUUAUAGAUCUACAAGCACUGCUUGGUGUGUCAUUCAAGAUCUUGCUGUCUAAGGAGCCUCUAGAAGUAGCUGCCGAGGAAAGACGCAUAGCGAAACAAAUGGUCGUGGAUUUUUUUGCCGAAAAACGAGACAGAAUGGAGAGAAAGCUGCCAGCGCUUCCAGAACUACUUGGUAAAAUCGCUGAUAGGCAACAAGAGCGCGUCGAGCGAGCUGCUUUGACUGGACAGACGAGUUGACGAAGUCAAUCAUGUUCGGGGUUUUUGUUUUUCAUAAGCAGGAGCAAUGAGAACAAUCAUGAACAUUGUGGUGAGAAGAAAUGCUCAAUCUCGGCCUUUCUUCUUUGAGCGUUAGGAGAAUGGUGAGCUUUGAGUGAUUCAUGUACGUUCCUCCCUCGACUCGCAUUUGCCCAACGACAUGUAGAUCAGGGACUUCCUCGACGGACAACUCGCGCACUUUCAUUUCAUAAGCAGGAGCAAUGAGAACAAUCAUGAACCUUGUGGUGAGAAGAAAUGAAUCCCUUGAACGAGAAGAUGGACCUUCACUUUUGAUAUAGAAAUUUGCGACAGACGAGUCCAGUUCAUGAUGCGAAAAUCAUCUGGAAAUACGUGCC